AUGAUUGAGUCGACGAGGUUAUUCCCAGCGCACCGAUCGCCACCAACAUCAACACCCCUGUCAAUCCUCGACGCGACCGUCGCGAGAUUCGCCCCAACAGGCGCAAUUUGGAUUUUCGACGCGCCAAAUGAAGACCGAUCAAUUUUGAUCGACCAUCUCCGAUCAUCAUUCAUCGCCACCUUAUCCAGCUUUCCGCAAUGGUCCGGCCAAUUGCAAUGGGCGCCCGUUGGCGAGGGAGAUCACACAAAGCGAUUCAAUCGCCCAAUGCUCACAUAUGGUCACGAUUCCGAGCCCGGGGUGGAAUGGACGAUAGUUGAGCAUGAGAUUCGAACGGACGCGAUCGCACCAUCUCCUAAGGAACGUGCCUUUUCGACUGCUGGCUGUCGACCCGGAACAUGGAUAGGCGAUGGCUUCACUGAAUCGCUGUUCGUGUCGCGUGAACCACUGGCCUUGUCAAACCUGCAUGAUUAUGCCGGUCUUCCUGGAAUGCGAGUACAGAUCACCCUCCUCAAUGGAGGAUACGCCGUUGGCGUGAAAAUGGCACACUGCCUGGCUGAUGCGCAAACUUUGAUGACAUUCAUGCACCUGUGGUCUGCCAAUAGCCAGGAGAGCUUCGGUCAUGAGCAGGACUCAUCAAAAGUCGACAUCCCUAUCUUCGAUCCUCAGUCACUGGACAGUUGUGCCGGAGGCGACAUUGACAGCGCCAGUUGCGACCAGGCCCUCUCACAAAAGGCACGUAACUUGCCACUCCAUCGCUUUAGCUGGUGGGACACAUCCAACGAAGCCUAUCCAGAAUUCUGCAUACCCACAACAGAGCACUCGAAGCCUUCGCCUGGUCAACUCGAGCAGACACACGUCUCGCCAUCGGAGCCAGCACCGUGGCACACGUGGGAUAUGACUCGCCCAGCCAGUUAUGUCCAGCUACACUUCACAGGCGAGGAGCUAGGCCAACUCAAGGCCCUUGCUCUUGCCGAUCCGGAUACUCGGACUGAUAUCUCUCGCCUUGAUACUCUUCUCGCCCACAUGUGGACAUUCAUCACACGCGCCCGUGGCUAUGCGGACUCUUCAAGUCAAGUUUACUUCAACUUGACUCUUGGAGCCCGUGCUCGUGUAUCUCCUCCUCUUCCAGACACGUUUGUUGGAUCGCCGCUCUUCAUCACCCAUGUCGGGGCGACUGGAUCCUCGGUAUGUCAGGAUACACUCGGGAAAAAGGCUAGCCAAAUCCGAGAGACGAUGAAACUGUUCACAUCAGAUGCUGUCGGGGCUAUAUUGCAUGACGCGGCUUUUGAGGUCUCGCCACAGCGACUUUGGCAGGCUUUCCUGGGGUCGGAACAUACGAUCGUGACGUCGUGGUUGAGGCUGCGGAUGCAUGAUGUUGAUUUCACUCGCGGUGGUCAACUGCGGUACGCCCAUGCUAUCAUGCCGAAGAUGGAUGGAUGUCUUCAGAUCAUGGAUAGUGGAGUUGCGGAUGGUGGUAUGGAUAUCGCUCUAUAUCUUGACAAGGAGACGAUGGGCAAUUUGCUCCAGGAUAAGUCUUGGAAUUCAUGA